AUGUCCCCCAACGCAUCUUCGACGCCGACUCCUACAGAGACCAACAACGAUGCGAGACCGGAAGGUGAAUCGCGACUUGCCACUUCCGAUGCCCCCUCCGACUCUGCGCAACGACUGGACGAAGUCUUAUCGACGUUGUCUACGCCCAGAUCGGGGAGCGACUCCAACAAGAACGUCCUCGCCCGCGUUCGACGGUCGUUCAAGACACUCGUCCAACCCAUGCCGUUGGAUAACGCUUUACAAGAAAGCCACCGUGCGCUACGGGCUUACAAGCUUGCAGGAGGUGUGAGGCAGUUGGAUGACUCGAUUCGCGCCUUGUCGAAGGCUGCGGACUUCGUCUCGACCGAGGGGGAGUCCUUGAUCGUUCGACAGAGCCUCGCUCAAUGCUUGUACCUGCGCUACGAACAUACGAACCAAUUGGAACAUCUCGAUGCUGCUAUCGCCGCGCAACGACUUACAGCGGAUCUCGCGGCUACGCAUCUCCCCAAGAACACUGCUAUUCUUUUCCAACUCAGCCAGCUCCUACGGUAUCGCUUUCGACGCCUCGAGAGGCUCGAGGAUCUCGACGACGCGAUCAACGCUCUCCAGCGUGUGAUCACUAUCGAUGAUCAAGCGCGUUUCCACGUCGACCUUGGUCUUUGUCUUCGGUACCGCUUCGAAACGUUAGGGAACGUGGACGAGCUGAAGGGCGCCAUUACCCAUCUGCAGCACGCGCUGUCUAUGCUCCCUGACGACGAUUCCUACAAGCUCCGCUGCUUGAAAGAACUUGUUCUAUGCCUGCGCAGUUCCUUCGGAAACCUCGGACGCCUCGACGACCUGAACAACGCAAUCUGGACGAGUGCGCGCGCAGUUCAACUCGCGGGGAAGCUUCAGAUGGGCGAUGUAAACUGCCUUCUUGAUCUUAGCUCCUUGCUAUACCUCCGUUUCGAGAAUACAGGCCAUCUCGAGAACCUCGAUGAUCUAAACGCAAGCAUAGGAAGACGCGAGCAGGCUAUCGAGUUCAUGGACAACACUCGGCCUUCUAUGCUUUCUCAGUCCUUGAACCAGUUGUGUCUCUACCUGCGUCGUCGGUUCGAGUUCGUCGGAGACAUUGAUGACCUCCAUAGUGCCAUCGCGGCGCGGGAGCGAGCCGUUGAGCUCAUUCCGGACGUUCAGUCAGAUGGCGCCAACUUUCGCCUCAGCUUUGCCUCUCUCAUAUUCCUUCGCUUCGAGAAGCUGGGAAACGUCGAGGACCUCGAUCGCAGUAUCCAGGUGUGCAGGGAAGAAAUCGAGCUCGUGCAACAUACUCGAGGACCUAAGCUCGAACGAGUCGCACACCUGAGUCUGCAGCUGCUUCGCCGUUAUGAGCGUUCUCACGCGCUUAUGGAUCUCGAGAACGCGAUCGCGGCCAGCCGAGAUGCGGUGCAAUUGGCACUUCUCCAUCGUGAUCAGUUCGACAAGGGCGCAUUCCAUAACCUUCUCGAACUCCGGUCUCAGCGGACGGACGCGCUAACCGACGGUGAUUUGGAUGCCACCAUAGCACGGUGCAAGCGCAACAUCAGACACCAGUGGUCCUACUUGGACAUGGCGGAGCAGCUGUCGAACUUGGCUCUCUAUCACUACUACCGUUUCCUGCGGCAAGGAGACAUGGAAGACCUUGACGCUUCGAUAUCGGCCGCUCAAGAUGCGAUAGCCGCUGAGCCCAGCGAGUCCGUCGCACAUUCAGAGCGAUUGAUCGCUCUUGGAGCAUAUCUCCUGCACCGGUUCGAGCAUAUCGACGACCACGCUGACGUUGACAGUGCUAUACUGUCCUCACAACUUGCUUUGGAGUCUCUCUACGAAGGCCACCCGGCGCAACGAAGAGGGCUCAUGACCCUGGGGUUCUGUCUCCAAUAUCGAUUUGAUCGUCUGAAAGAGAUGGAUGACAUUGAAAACGCCGUAGCGGCAAGGCACCGUUUGAUCAAGCUCACUCCAAAGACCCACGCAGACUGGCCAGGCGUCCUUGAACAGCUAUGCCUUUCCUUAGAGAGCCGGUUUGUGGGCAACAGAACGUCAGGGAACUACCAUACGGCUCGCCGAUGCCUUGAAACCGCGAUCUCCCAGCCUUUGGGAGAACCAUCUUUGCGCCUGAGGGCAGCCGUGCGCUACGAGCAGCUAUUGACGGGCUCCCCGGAGCUCAACACGGCGGACUCCCUCCUGCUCUCAUACUCGCACAUAAUCGGUGCUCUUCCUGAACUAUCGUGGCUUGUUCACGGCACCCAUCAAGGACAGGAGGAGACUGUUCGCAUAGGCGAUCUCGUGAACAGAGCUGUGAGCACCGCAAUCGGUGUCGGUGCUUUGAGCCAGGCUGUGGAAUGGUUCGACCUAGGUCGGACGCUGUUCUGGUCACACAUCUCGCCACUGCGCACUCCCCUAUAUGACGUUUGCGGUUGUCAUUCAAACCUUGCACGGUCGCUGGCAGACAUUCGCACCGAGCUCCAGAUCCCCGAAUUCACCGCAGGAGAACGACAUGGAGCGCUCGUCGGCGAGUACGAGAGGCUCAUGAGCGAGAUUCACCGUUGCACUGAGUGCAAAAACCCCCUGCGCACAAUCAAGCUUGUUGGUCCUGUCUCGCCAUCUACGUUCAGUCUUUUCAGUGGCACGGCAGUUCUCAUCAACAUGGACCAGUCUCGUUGCGACGCACUGGUCCUCUCCUCCGCAGGGGACGUCCGAACAGUUGAGCUGCCUGGACUUACACGGAAGCGGGCGCGUACGAUGCGCGAUCUCUGGGUAGGGCAUAUGGAGUUAUGCGCAGUUCGGGCGCGUGCUAGCACAGACGCUCGGUCGGCGCUUAUGCCCCCGAGCCGGGUGAUCUUCUCACAGGUGCUGAAGCGCCUAUGGAUCUGGGUUGUCUAUCCCAUUCUACAAGCUCUUGAUAUUUCCCAGACGUCAGCGAACAGCGGUCUACUACCACACGUCGUCUGGUGUCCCACCGGCCCAUUGACACACCUUCCUCUGCAUGCUGCGGGAGUAUACGAUGGAGUUCGCCCAGGAGCUCGGGUGUUCGAUCUUGUUGUAUCGUCGUAUAUCCCCUCGCUCUCUGCACUCUUGAGAUGCUGUGACGAGGUCGCGAGGGAGCACUCCACGCCAAACGUGCUGGUCAUCACGCAGCCGGAGAUACCGGGCCGAUCCUCCCUGCAAGGCGGUCGAAAUGAAGGCGCGCUACUUCGUGAAGCCCUUCCAGGUCACGCACAGAUGCUACUUGAGCACGACACAGCUACAGUUCAGUCCAUCUUAGCUGUCAUCGGCCGUCACCCUUGGGUCCAUCUCGCAUGCCACGGAUCGCAGAACCCCGAGGACCCAAUGCGGAACGGCUUUGCGCUGUACGAUGGCCUGCUCACUCUGGGUGACCUAAUGACCUCGGCAACCGACGACACCGAACUGGCAUUCUUGUCCGCCUGUCAUAGAGUGUCAAGUGAUGAGAAGAUUUCAGAUGAGUCAACCCAUCUAGCAGUAGGCAUGCUCGCGGUUGGGUUCAAGGGCGUUGUGUCAACCUCGAUAUGGUCUAUCGACAUCCGAUAUGAAGAUGAAGUCAUUGUCGUGGGAGCAUACUAUAAAUUGCUGCUUGAGACUCGAAGGUCCAAGGGCUUGCAACGAGGGCAGACGGGUGCUGCCUACGCGCUUCACGGAGCGACCAGGCGCCUGAGGGAAGAGAUUGGAGAGGAGAGCUUUGAAAGAUGGGUUCCUUUCGUGCAUUACGGAGCUUAA